ACUCCGCCGCAUGUCGUGCUUCGGUUCAACGUCAGCCUCGCCUCCGGAGAUUCAUCGAACAUUGCUCAGAGCUCAUGGACGCCGGAGCUUGGGUGGAUCGAGUGGCAGUGGUGCCCGGAGCCUGAUGGUAAUCUGAAAGUUGAUGAGCUAGUUCGCUGCAACGUGCAUUCUGGGGAGAGCAUCACUGAGGAUCGGCACAAUGGUAGUGAUGUUGAUGGAAAGAAGAGUUCUCGUUUGAGCAUCAACUUCCCCUUCACUGUAGGCCACGCAUUCACCAGCAAUUUGUGGGCAGGAAUUGAUGGCUUCCACAUGACGGUGAAUGGGCGCCAUGAGACAUCGUUCAUGUAUAAGGAGAGACUUGAACCGUGGUCUGUGAGCGGAGUAAAGGUGGAGGGAGCUUUAGAGGUGUUAUCAUGUUUUGCAAAUGGUUUACCUUUCUCUGAAGAUCUGGCGUUGGCUGGCGAUGUGGAGAAGCUGAAGGCUCCUAAGAUUGCAAAGCGCAGGGUGUUCAUGCUUGUUGGGGUGUUCUCCUCAGGCAACAAUUUUGCUCGGCGGCAGGCUAUAAGGAGGUCCUGGAUGCAGUAUGAAACUGUGAGGUCCGGUGAGGUUGCGGUGCGGUUUGUCAUUGGACUU